AUGCUGCUAGAGCGAGGAGCCGAUGUCAACGCCCAGGAUGGAUAUUACGGACAUGCCCUUCAAGCUGCUUGUUCUAAAGGACACGACAAGAUCGCACAGAUGCUGCUAGAGCAAGGAGCCGAUGUCAACUCCCAGGGUGGAUUCCACGGAAAUGCCCUUCAGGCUGCUUGUUAUAAAGGACACGACAGGAUCGCACAGAUGCUGCUAGAGCGAGGAGCCGAUGUCAACUCCCAGGGUGGAGAAUACGGAAAUGCCCUUCAGGCUGCUUGUUUCGAAGGACACGACAGGAUCGCACAGAUGCUGCUAGAGCGAGGAGCCGAUGUCAACGCCCAGGGUGGAUUCUACGAAAAUGCCCAGGCUCAGGCGCAAGCCCAGAAUGUCGCGCCGCAAGGACAGCAUGUUCAACGAACUCAGUCAAGCAACCCACAGUCUUUGAACCAGCUGCUGCCACAAAUCCAAGCCAAAGUUAGCGCCCUCAACUUCUACCUCCUACCAAAUGUCACCCACGAACAACUCCAGACAUGGAUUCCCGAGGCCCGGUUGCGAUAUGGAAUUGCGCUCCAGAAACAGGAAUUUGGUAGAGUUUGGCUGGCCAAGUUGCGUCAGCAAUAUGCAGCACGCACGGCGCAAGGCAAUAUUACUUCGGAGGAGGUGCCAGAGUUCAAAAACCGCCUGUUAUCUGCUGAGCUGCUGUAUCAGGAGGGUAGUGACUUCUUGGCCAAGUUCAAGGAACAGCAGGAAGGGUUCAAAAUGCAGGCAUCAGGAUUGAAUGGCCCAAUAGCCAUGAUCCAAACACCGAGCAAUCAAACACCCAACGCGGGACAAUCCCAGGCUCCAGCUCCUCAUACCAUAAACUCAGCUGUGAAUGCAGCACGUCAGAAUUCUGUUAUGUGGCCUUCUGUUUCUCAGGUAGGACAGCCACCUUCGGGCUCUCCGGUGGGCACAACUCCUGCCUCGACCACGCAGCCACUCACACAACGCUCACAAGCUCCUUCCCAACCGGGAGCAUCAGGCGCUCAAGUCACUUUCAGUCAAACUCCCAACUUGGAACGUGCGACACCUACAUCAACUGGACCUGCACAGAUCAACCAAGGCCCUCCUCGUCCUUUAUCUGCGUCGGCAGCUCUGCAUCAAUCAGCACAAAGUUACAGUAACCCAAAUACUUCCCAACAACCACAGCAGCAAAACAUGAAUCAGGCAGUCAAUAAUCAACAGGCGCGGCCCCAGGGUUACCUGGGAAAUCGCACUACUGACACUUCUGCGCGCAACAAUAACAUGGCCAUUCCUAAAACUCUCAACGUUCCAACUCCUGAACCUGUCUCCAUGCCAGCUGGCGAAGGCCAGCACGUCCUCAGCAAGAAGAUGCUGGAUAUCCUCGUCCGCCAGGUCACCGGUGGCGGCGAGAACGAAAUGUUGACACCCGAUGCUGAAGAGGUUAGUUAG